GCCCGGCCGCUCAGAGGCCGCCAUGGGCUGUGCGCGCUGGCUCGCGCUGGGCGGCCUCCUGGCCCUGGCCGGGCUGCUGCAGGCCCGGCUGCUGCUCCCGCAGCAAGCCGGCUUCGGAGAGUGUGACCGGUUCUUCUACGAGGGGACCCCGCCCGCUGGGCUGGCGACUGACGCGCACGUGAGGAUCUGUCAACGCUUCGCGGGCUCAGAGCGCUUUGCCACCCUGUACAGCCCGGUCCACCGCAUCCCCGUGUUCUCUGCGUUUCGCGCUGCGCACCCCGCGCCCCGCAGCGCCGAACAGCACGGACUGCUGGAGCCGCAGAUUGAUGACCCUGACAGCAGCCUUGAGGAGGUAAUUGAUGAGGCUGCUGCUGUCACCUCCGUGAACAAUCUGGGAAGCAAGCAAGCCUUGAAGGCAGACUACCUUGACUCUGACUAUGAAAUCGGACAGCUGUACCCACUCCCCCUUAACGAUGACCCCCAGAUGCCCACCUUCCCGCUCACAAAUUCAGUUCCCAUGACCCGGUCUUUCCGGGAACGAUGGCACAUGAAUCUCAACAGCCUCCUGGACCGAGCCUUGAUCCCACACUGCAACGACGGCCAAGACCUGUACAUCAUCACAGGUGCUGUCCCCUCAGACAACAGCGUUAAGGGCAAAGUGGCCAUCCCUGAGUUUGUCUGGCUGGCAGCCUGCUGUGCCGUCCCUGGAGGAGGCUGGGCCAUGGGCUUCCUCAAGCACACCCAGGGCAGUGAGGUCAUAGAAGACGUGAUGGUGAGAGACCUGGAGAAGCUGCUUCCCCAGAAGCCUCAGCUGUUCCGGGACAACUGUGGUGAGACGGAGCAAGACACGGAGAAGAUGAAGAAGAUUCUGGAAGUGGUCAACCAAGUCCAAGACGAGGAGCGAGCUCUUCGGUCUCACGAGAGUCCAAGUGCCCUCGACAGCACCGGAAGCCAGAGGUCUGCCCUUCCCGCCCCGGAAGCACCACAGGAGGGAGGAGGUAGCCUCCUAGGAAAAGUCCUGGGUUUCCUUGCUACCCCGUUCGUCAAACUUUUCCAGUUAGUUUAUUACCUUGUGAUAGCAGUCAUAAGGAAUAUAGUCCAUCUCCUUUGGUUUGUUGCCAAGCAGGUGAUAAAAGGCAUCGAGAGUUUCCUCUACCGUCUGGGUGCAGGCGCUGUCUCGUACCUCGUGACCAUUGGGCAAGAGUUGGUGGGCAUUCCCUGGAAAGUGCUCAGGGUCGUGGCCAAAGUCAUCAGGGCCUUUCUGCGGAUCCUCUGCUGUCUGCUGAAGGCUGUCUGUCGAGCUCUGAGCAUCCCUCUCCGAGUCCUUGUGGAUGUAGCCACUUUCCCCGUGUAUACCGUGGGGGCCAUUCCCACUGUGUGCAAGGACAUUGCCGUGGGCCUGGGCGGCACCCUCUCACUCCUCUUGGACACUGCUUUUGGCACCAUGGGUGGCCUGUUUCAGGUGGUUUUUAGUGUCUUAAGGCGGAUUGGCUACAAGGUUACUUUCGACAAUUCUGGGGAGUUAUAGAGCUCAAAAAACCUAGCAGUGUCCCCUGGGGUGGAUUUUGUUAU